UCAAACUCAUGCUUAGAAACGCCUUAGUAACGAAGAGCUUGUUGUUGAUCAUGGUAGUCUCUGAUGGUAGCAUGUUCUGAAUGAACUAUAGCUCCGAAACGCCAGAUUUAUAUUGAGUAUAGGAGUUCACUAAUAUGUUAUUAAAAUAAUGCAUGCGUGGAGUCAGGCCCUAAAUAAUAUGUAUAUUUAACUGUCGCGUAACUAGUCUUCGUAUGCGAAAUAACUUACAUCCCGUUAUUAGCGAGGUUGAAUUGAAAAGUGGAUUGCUAACGUGCUAGCUAAUGACGUUAGACAAGACCUCGGGUCAGAUCGCAGACUAGUUCGUAUAGUUAGCAAAAUGUUCAAAGCAAAAAUACUAAUAAUUGGGCCAAGUGAGAGUGGGAAGACGGUGCUGGCCAAUUUUCUCUCAGACACUGUUGAAACAAUAGGAGGGGACUACAGCCCGACACAAGGUGUCAGGAUUCUGGAGUUUGAAUCGCAGAAUUUGAGUGGCACUGGGAAGAACGUGGCUUGUGAGGUGGAGCUGUGGGACUGUGCUGGAGACUUAAGGUUUGAAUCCUGCUGGCCAGCUUUAAUGAAGGAUUCCAACGGAGUGGUCAUCAUUUUUAACCCAGACAUGCCCAGCCAUCUGAAGGAAGUUGAGAUGUGGCAUUCCUCAUUCGUUUCCUCGCAAGGUUUACAGGAGAGCCAGUGUCUGCUAAUGGCACAUCACAAACCAGGCAGUGCAGCCGACAAUAGCCGACCGGUUCUAGCAUCACAGCUGAACAAGCUGCCCCUGAUUCACUCAAACCUAGAGGAGGAUCCAGAGGAGGCACGGCAGGAGUUUCACAGAUACCUGGGGUCCGUUGUGAGGACACUGUCAGAAAGCAGAGAGCGUGAGGAGAUGUCAAUAAUCACUUGAAGUUCAGAGACAUGCUCAGGAUUAAUUAUCCCUGUAAAAGGUUCAUGGUCUUAGUCAUUGACAGGAUUUUGUGUCAAAAUGAAAAAGACUGAAGCCUUGUGCUUAAGCAUUCCUCUAGCAUUGAUAAUUCAAAAUGAUGAAAGAAUGUAUUAAUUGGCAUACAUUUUUCACAUAUAUAGGAUUUGCUGUUGUGGGAGAAAUCCCUAUUUUCCAAGUUUUUUGAUGCAGUUACAGCUGGUAAUCAUUAUUAACAUGGAGAAGAUGAGUUUCAUGCAACGUUUUCCAUUGGGAUGCCUGCCACCAAAAAAUAAAUUGGAUGCAUGCUGCAA